GACUUGCCACAUGGGGGUGUCGAGAGUUUGAAAAGAUCAGUCUAUAUUUAUUGUUCGUGAUAUGUUUCAAAAUUAUUUAUAGAGUCAACGAACCUUACAGGAACGUAACGUUACAUUAGUUUGGUAUAUCUGCCCUGGUAUUUUUGGUUGGUAUAUUUUAAAACCUAUGUAAAUAUUUGCCCAAAAUACAGAGGGACACCUCAUCAUUCUGCGAUUUCUGACCAGUCAUUUGUUUAUUUAUUUGUCGGCACCUGAUCAAAGUGUCAAACGACUCAUUUUAACCUUUGACUCACAGUGUUGUGAAGAGCAAUAAUUUUUCGAUCCUUGUUUAGUUUACGCCAUUUGGGGAGCGGGCUUCUCGGUGGCAAAAUAAUAUCAAAGCAUCUGAACAAGUUCACUGUUCAGCAAUAUUCCAUCAUGUCAGAAAUCGCGUAUGGUGUUGUUUUUGUACUCGGUGGACCCGGGGCUGGAAAAGGGACACAGUGUGAGAGAAUAGACAAGGAAUUUGGGUUUAUUCACCUUUCCGCUGGGGAUUUGCUUCGAGAAGAACGCCAGAACAAAGAUUCCAAGAUUGGCAAUGAGAUUGAAACCCAUAUUCGCAAUGGAACUAUUGUGCCAGUAGAAAUAACCUGCUCCCUCCUACACAGGGCCAUGAAAAAAAGUGGUAAACAGAAUUUUCUGAUCGAUGGAUUUCCUCGGAACAAGGAUAACCUUGAUGGCUGGAACCGAGAAAUGUCUAGCGUGACCGAGAUUAAGAGAGUGUUGUUCUUCAACUGCUCAGAUAGCGUUUGCAUUCAACGUUGCUUAAAUAGAGGCAAAACCAGCGGCAGAUCUGAUGACAAUGAGGAAAGUUUAAAGAAAAGGAUCAACACAUACAGAGAUUCAACACUGCCUGUGAUCGAACAUUACCGCAAUUUGGACCUGGUGUCAGAAAUACAAGCAGACAAGACACAGGAUGAUGUGUGGGCUGAAGUAAAGGGUAUUUUCGAGAAGAUCCGCAGUUAAUCUAUUGACAGUAAACUGACUGCAAAGAAAAUAUUGUGCCAUCUUUAAAAAAUAUGUUCUAAGAAAGAGUUUUAUCCUCCAAGGUGUAUUGAUGAUGGCUUGUAUACAGUAUAUAUGUGAUGGUACACUGUAUAUUGAGUUGAAAUAUACCAGUUUUAAAAAAUUGAUGGCGAUGGUUUUGUAUAUUUUUAAUACAAAUUGAAGACAUUACAUUAUUAUGAGUAUGGAAAUUUAAAUAAUCAAUGUGAAACUGAGCAUAUUGAGCAAGGUCUUAAUGGUCACUAUGUGAUGUU